UGGGGUUUUGGUGUGAUGCGACGAGAUGUCAUCGGGAUCAGGUGCACCAGAUUUGCAUGCCAGCCUUAUUAACCCACAUGGCUUUUUGAAUCGUGGAGUCAUUAGCAAUUGCUGGAAUUGGUGUGCAGUUACGGAAUGGAUUUUGGAACAUGGUGGUGAUCUUAAUCGAGCAAUAAAUUCACAUUUCAAUGAUGGAGACAGCAUAUUGAACGGAAUCAGUCAAAACGCCAUGCCUGCUAGUCGUGAUGAUAUGAUGGACCUGGAUGGACCACUUGAUAAUACAUUUCAAAGAUCUUUGUUGCCAGAGAGUUUCCGUGCCCCUUUUGCUCUAAUGGAUCCAAAUUUCCAGGACCAAUUUUUUGACAGAGUUGGCUCCACUGAUGGUGUCAUUCGUGAACCGCUAGUUUCACAUCCAAGAGAGGUGAGGGAGAUACCUAUCGAAGUUAAGGAUGGUGAUCCUCAAACAGGUUCAUCUGGCCAGGAUGUUACUGGAAAUGAGUCUUCAAAUGGCCCUGAAGUCCCUGAAACUAUCAUAAUUGAUGAUGUGGACGGUGGAUUGUUAUCUGCACCAUCUGUUCCACAUCCUAUUAUUCCUAGCAAUACAUCUACUGUGCCAACUGCUCCUCCAUUGGUUCAUGUUAAUGACUAUGAUGAGGACAUAGAAGAGGAAAUGAUUCGGGCAGCAAUUGAAGCUUCAAAGAAGGAUUCUGAAGGACUGGCAAAUAUAGUCGAGCAAGGAGGCCAGCAUCAAGAGGAAGUGAAUUUGAGGGACCAUUCUUCUGAUAAAGCAGGCAUGGAAACCGCAAAUGGAAUAGUUGAGAGGCAAGGACUAGCUUCAGAAAAGGCUGGAACAUCUAGGCAACCAAUAGAUGACGAGAGCUUCCAGGAGGAGGCUGAAGAUGUAGAAGAACAGCCGUUAGUUAGGCGUCGUUCUCGGCGUGCCCCUUCUGAGGACAAUGAAUUACCAAAAAUAGUGCACCCAGGUGCUAGCCCUGUUCUGAACAAUCACCAGUAUAAUGGAGAUGAUUUCCCAUCUGAGUGGGGUGGCAUUUCUUCUGAGGAACAUGAUGAAGCUGUUAUGCUUGAGGCUGCAAUGUUUGGUGGAGUUCCUGAAGGACCAACAUAUCCUUUCUCUAUGCCUUCUCACAGAACCUCUACUUAUUAUCCCCCAAUAUCUCAUUCUCCAUCACCAGCAUUAACUGAACAGCGGUUAUUACGAGAGCAGCAGGACGAUGAGUACCUUGCAUCGCUACAAGCUGAUCAAGAAAAGGAGUUAAAGGCCCUACAGGAGGCUGAGCUCCGUCGCCUUGAAGAAACAGCUGCGAGAGAAGCUGUUCUUGAGAAACAGAAGCAAGAGGAGGAGGAAAGGCGUAAAAAACAACUUGAGGAAGAGGAACUAGAGUCCAGUCUCACUUCGAAGCAAGCAUCAUUACCACCGGAACCGUCUCCAGACGCAGAGGGUGCUGUGACAGUUGUAGUCCGAAUGCCUGAUGGUAGUCGACAGGGGCGCCGCUUUCUCAAAACUGAUAAACUUCAGUUCCUAUUUGAUUUCUUAGACAUUGGGAGGACUUGCAAGCCAGGGACCUACAGAUUGGUGAGGACAUACCCAAGGCGCACGUUUACCAACAGCGAGGGUGACGUAUCAUUCAGUGAUCUUGGCCUAACAAGCAAGCAGGAAGCCCUGUUUCUAGAGCAGAUCACGGGGUAGAGGAUAAUCGUUAGGCAUGGUUAGAGAUACCACAGCUGGGCAGGAGAAUUUUACACAAAAUACUUGCACCAUAUCGCCAGUGAAAACUCGGUCUGUCAAAUUGGUUGGGUUGGUCGAAGAAAGGUUAAAAAUUCUUUUGUGGCGCCAUGUGUCGUGACGCAUUGCGCUUUGCAUGCAAAUUGGUUGGGUUGGUCGAAGAAAGGUUAAAAAUUCUUUUGUGGCGCCAUGUGUCGUGACGCAUUGCGCUUUGCAUGCUUUACGUUAUUAUAUAUAUGCGUGAUACUUUAUACCUA